GCUGGCUGCGCCGGCGCAGUCGCCGCGCGGUACUCUCUCACGCGCGCCUCGCCCGGGACACAGAGCCAAAAGCGAAAUCUAGUCAAGAAGAUGACCGUGAAGAAGCGGCCCUCCGACCUGACGAGCCUGGAGCGGUUCAACCUCUACUACAAGGAGAAGGAGGACCCUCUGACGGCUGGGGAGAAGUUCAGGAGGUUCAUAUGGAACCCGAAGACAAGGCAGUUCUGCGGCAGGACCGGAGCUAGCUGGUCCAAAAUAGCCUUAUUCUACUUCAUCUUCUACAUGGCGCUGGCGAUCCUCGUGGCCAUCUGCAUGUGGACCUUUCUUCAGCUGCUGGACGCACGGAAGCCCAUGUGGCAGCUUGAGAGCAGCAUCAUCGGCACUAACCCAGGGCUGGGCUUCAGGCCCACGCCGCCAGAGGUUGCCAGCAGCGUCAUCUGGUACAAGGGAAACGACCCCGGCAGCCACCAGUUCUGGGUGAAGCAGAUGUCCAAGUUCUUAACUGCCUACAAACGCGACGGCAAAAAAGCUGGAGCUGGUCAGAACAUCCACAACUGUGACUUCAAACUGCCUCCUCCAGCGGGUAAGGUGUGUGACGUGGACAUCAGCGCCUGGGGCCCUUGUGUUGAGGACAACAACUUCGCCUACCACAAGUCCACGCCCUGCAUCUUCUUGAAGCUGAACAAGAUCUUCGGAUGGAAGCCCCACUACUAUAACAGCUCCGACAGCUUGCCCGUCGACAUGCCUGAUGACCUGAAGGAGCACAUCAGGAAUAUGACGGCGUAUGAUAAGAAUUAUUUGAACAUGGUGUGGGUGUCAUGCCUGGGCGAGAACCCGGCCGACCGGGAGAACAUCGGGCCCAUCACGUACAUGCCCUACCGGGGCUUCCCUGGCUACUACUUCCCCUACACCAACCAGGAGGGCUACCUCAGCCCGCUAGUCGCAGUGCACUUGCAGAGGCCUAAGACGGGCAUGCUGAUCAACAUGGAGUGCCGCGCGUGGGCGCACAACAUCAUGUACGACCGCCACGAGGGCAUGGGCACCGUCCACAUCGAGAUCAUGAUCGAGUAGACCUUCACCAGGAGUAGGAUGCGAUACGAUAAAAUCUUAUCGAGGUCUUGUCGAUUUUAGACGAUAGACGCUUGUCGUGUAAUCAUCAUCAUCAUCAUCUCAGCCAUAGGACGUCCACUGCUGAACAUAGGCCUCCCCCAAUGCUUUCCAUGUUACCCGGUUGGUAGCGGCCUGCGUCCAGCGCUUUCCU